CCGCAAGAUACAUUCAGGAUAUAAGGACAUAUCGGUUAGGUUUCAGUUAGAAAGUAAUAGGACUAGGAAAGUAAUAUUUCCAGUUGUACACUUGUCAACCUUGUUUGUGGUGGUCGCGUCGGUAUGGCGGUAUAACGAAUUUUUAAGGGAAGGGGUGAUUCGUUGAUGUUGAUAACAGACGCUGCUCUUAAAUCGGCGGUGCAAAAAUACUAUUAAAGAAUGAUUGUAAAAAAGAUUUUACAUUUGGGAUUGAUUGUGACCGUGUUUCUUAAUUUAUACGGUGUAGCCGAAGAAGAAUCAACCACUGACGCGAAAUGUCAAUUUGGCAAAACGUUACGAAAACAAGUGAAUGCAGAACCAUUGAAUGGAACAUGUUUACGAGACAUCGUGAUUCGACUGUCAAACGAGUUUCGAUCGAUCACAGACUCGGAACUUGGUUUUAAAUCCUUUGAAAAGAUACUCGAUGAAAUGGAAUUUGUAAAUAUUUCGAAUAGCUUGAACGUAAAGCUAAAUGUAUUGGUCGAUAAGUUGAACAAUAAACUCUCGUCUUACGCGGAACUUCUGAAGCAAAGUUAUCACAUUGUACAGCCAAUUUUAGCAAAGAAUGAAGAACAGUUCAUUCAUUCUGGAUCUAUAAAUGGAUUAGAUAUAUCAAGUGGGUUGUCUGAUUUCUGUUCACAAAUUGUUCAAGCUUUGGCAAUGAAUAUAAGAAGUCAGGAAUGGAAGAAUUUGCAUCUAUUGCCUUUUAUGUAUCCUGUUACUAUGUGUGGCCCUCUCAGUGCAGGCCAUAACAUUGGACCUCUUUUAUUGUCUCAGUAUUGUCCAAACAAAAAGGUGUUAUUACUGCUUGAGCAUGGCAUGUUCAUGUCUGAAGGAGAUAUUACUUUGGCUCAAAUAACUACAGAAACAAUAAUUGAUAUGUUAUCUCAAACAGAUUAUAUCAAUGUCAUUGGUCUUUCCAGCAAUAAUUCUAUAUAUUGUAAAGAUGGUUUACUGAAAGCAACAGAUGUCAAUAAGUUUCAAUUAGCACGUUACAUUCAUAGCUUAACCAGAACAGAAACAAAUGACACAUUUGAAUUUGAUUUUAACAAAUUACUACAAAAUGUGAAAGGUGAAGUGGUAUUCAUACAUUUAACUAAUACACUUAAAGAUACUCCACCUGUGAAACAGAUAAGAAACAUGAUAUCUGUGGGAAAAGUGAAUGGUUAUUUGAAGACAGUUCUAAUCCUUUCAGAUCAAGAAGCACAUACAAAUAAUAAAAAAUACAAUGAUAGUAUUGUAACUCUUCCAACCCAAAAUAUACUGGGUUAUGAAAUAUCAAAAUUGUUUUCUGAUUUGAAAUGUUCAGAAGAACAUAAGAAAGAUUAUUAUUUGUCUGAUCCAUAUUUUGAUUUGUAUAGUAAGACAAUGACUUUGUCUAUUGGACAUAUUACAAACAAAGCAUUAAUAUCUUUAGAUAUUAAAUUACGAAAUUUUGUUGAUGAUAUAACAUACUUUAAUGCUGGAUUAUAUGUAUAUGCUAUAUUAUUUGAUAGCAAAGGUACAGUUUGGAUCCAUAAAGAUUUUCCGCGAAUGGAAGUGAUGAUGGAUCAACCGUUUAAAGUUAACUUGCAUCAUAUCGAAAAUAUUAAUCCUGAAACUGUGAAUAUAAUGAUUGAACAACAUGAAGGUGUUUUAAAUGUGAAAACAAAAUUAGGAGAACAGAAAUGGUACAGAUGGAAACAUUUGACCUACAAAGACCUGAUAGUAUGUUUGGUGUCUGUAACUAAUGAAAGUACAAUAUCCGUCGCAAAACUAGUGCCUACAUCAUCAUCAAAUCUUUUACAUCAUCGUCUUGACCUACUAUUACAUAGCAUUACUGAUAAAAGUAUUUUAUGUACUUACCAUAACAAACUUUUAACUUUAUCAACAGGAGUGGUUUAUCUUUCUCCAUGGUGUUUUCAAUCUCCAGUAGAACAGUUGAAAUUAUUAGAAACUGGACCAGCAGUAACUAUUCAAAGUUACAUGGCAUACUUAAAAGAUGUAACUGGUCUUUUAGCUAAUCCUGGUCUUCAUCAGUCUGUUAGACCAGAUGUAGCCAUGUUAACUCAAAUCUUAGGACACUUUAAAAACAAACACGCAGAAAGUACUUUAAAUAAAUUUAUAAUAAGAAGAUAUGUUACUGGAACUGUGAGUGGAGUCUUAGAAGUAUAUCCAGGGAUUAUGCUAGACUCUAGUUUUGAUCCUAAAAGACGAAUAUGGUAUGGAAAAGCAUUGGAAUACCCCGGAAAAUUAGUUUUCACGCCUCCAUAUUUGAGCGCUGGUGGUUCAGGAUACGUUGUUACUCUAAGUCGCACAGUUCAUCUUAAAUCGAAAUCAAGUACAAACGAUAUUGCUGUAGCAGUUCUAAGUAUGGAUAUAACAAUGGGUUUUAUUUCAAGACUGUUAAAAGAAAUGUUUCCAUUUUGCAGUAAUGCGACUGUGAAAUGUUUUUUAAUGGAUGACAAAGGAUAUUUAGUAUCGCAUCCAGCAUUAUUGGAGCCAAUAGGAAAAAUUGAACAACAACAUUUAACUCAUAAAGAAUUGUUAGUUGCAAAUGACAUAUUGAAUCAUGAAUUUUUUGUCAAAAAAAAAGCUUGCGCAAAUUAUUUAGAUGGCACUAUACAAAGAUAUUAUCAAUUUAAUAUUUCUCUAAACGAAGUACUUACAAAUAUAGUUCACGGUGAACACUGCGUUAAAUACCAAGUAGCAGCAAUACCCGGAACAAAUGUAUUUUUGGGAGUAGUUAACAUAACUUGUAAUUUAUUAAGAGCUUUCUGUCCGUGUAGUACGAUGGAUCGUUCGUGUUUGAAUUGUAAGAGAAUGGAGCAAACAGAAUGCGAAUGCCCCUGUGAAUGUGCUUUAUAUUUUUCAAGUUGUGCAGAGUAUAACAUGCAUGAUAUGCACGAUCUCGAACCUUGUCCAGUAUUGUACGAACACGGAGGAAAUUCACAAAUGUCGUGGAUACAAUCUACAAAUUUGAAAGUCUGUCCGUCCAUUGAUUGUAAGACAUUUAAAACUCAAAAUGAGUGUCUGGGAAUUGUAGGCUGCCAAUGGUGCCAUGUAGAUAGCGACGGAGAAACAGUUUUACAAACUCCGUUUUGUAGCGAUAUGUCUCGAUGCUUCAGAGGCAUUCUUGGAUCUUAUAUACCCCUUAGUGAUGGUAUAUAUAAUUCGCAGUCAACUGAAGAAAUUGCAGUGCAUGAAUGGCCAUCAGUUGGACCAGUAGCUGGUGGAAUACUAGCGUUUCUUUUAAUACUAGGAGUUAUGCUGUUUUGUUAUAGACUUAAUUCGGUACAAUCCGGUUUGGAACAUCAAUGCUUACAUAUCCACACUUCGCCUGAUAUGUUGCGUAUGACACAUUUAGAAGGAGACGCAGAACCGAUGGAGUUAGAACAAACGAAAAAUAAUUUGGAUUCUUUUAUAAGAGAUAGUAUACCUCCUAUAUCGCCAUAUAAGGUAUCCACGAACUAUAGAAAACCACCUGGUGGUGAUAGCGAUCAUGGAUAUAGUACAAUGACACCUUAUGAUGAUUCUGAACAACAAACAUUUGCUGAACCAUUACUAGUAGUUGGUAAUAACACUGAGCCUGAUCUUAGAAGGCGAUCAAUUUGUCUUCCAUCUCCAACAACUCAUUUAGAACCUUCUCAUCAUGUUUUAGCGCCUGUCACUGUUCACUAUAAUAUGGAAGCAAAUUUUUGUUAGUAAAUACUCGAAGUUUUAUUAAAAGAAAAAUGUUUUUAAGCUAUAAUAGGUUUAAAAACAAUAAUAUUAAAGAUGACAAUUUUAAUUUUAAUCAUGUUGCAAUAAGUAAUGUAACUGAAAAUACUAUUCCUUUUUACAUCAUGUGUUUAUACUUAAGAAUGACUCGAUAAAUUUAAAUGUGUUCGAAUAUUACUUAAAACGAUCAUAUAUUUUUGAUAUAAAUGAAAAACAAAUGAUGUAAGUGAAGUAUCCCAUAUUACUGAAAUUAAUCCAUCCAAAUUUUCAUAACUUACAUAUCAUUUUAACUUACAUUAAAAUACUACAUUUUAGGGAUACUUUAUUAUACGGUUUGUUUUUAUUAGAUACAUAUUUCAAAAGUAAGCGAUACAGAUGAAUUAUUUAUAUAUUUUGUAAGUGUAAACUGUGUAGUUUUAAGAUUUGCGAUAGAUUAUUGAUCGAUAUAAAAUCAUAUGAUUAUUAGAUAUUUACAUUUUUAUACAU